AUGCAAGACUUCUUGGAAAGCAGCUCUCCGAAAAUCCUUCGAGACCACAACCUUUUGCUUCCACAAGCACGAGCUACUCUGCGAGCAAACCCCAUAUCCAAUGUAAUUCUUGAAAUUUGCCGUCACAAGUACUGCUCAACUUUGAGCAUUGACAUUGGAGUCCGCAUGGAUUCACUGAUGGUGAAGAGCGCUUCUACGACUGUGAAGGAGCAUUUUACGACCGCCAAAGAGCCAUCAUCAACAGUAGAGAGCGCAUCUACAACCAGGAGCCGCAAUGCGCAAGUGUCUGACAACUCUCCACCAGACAACACCAAGGACAGCCCAGCCAUGUUCAAAUUUCCGGGGUCUGUCGACUAUUAUCGCCCCGACGACGGCUGUGUCACAGAACCACCUGAAUGUCUUUCACACAUUGAGAUAAACGAGUGGGCGGAAAAAGUUUCGCGUUGGAAGCCAGGCCACAGAUCUCUGGGUGUAUUCCGCAAAGUCACUCUUAAUCUCUAA